AUGGAUGUGGUAACACGAUGGAACAGCUCCAUGGAUAUGCUGGAACGCUAUCUCGAGCAACAAGCGGCUAUAACGGCAGCUCUCUUAAGCACAGAGGUGCGCAAAAAUGCCCGUCAACUUGAUACUCUGGACAGCAACGACAUCACUGAUGCAGAAGAAAUAGCUGUGGAGCAAUCAGAAAACAGGGAGGGCGGUGCCAGUGAUGGAGAUCCCACUGAUGCAGCAGAGAAGAGAGAGACAACACAGAGAGUCGAGCAAGAACCGCCACCACCGAAGAUGGAAGAUCUUGGUGCAACUUUUUCUAAACCAACAGUCACUCAGUCCAAAUGUCCGAUCUGGCUGGAUAACGUCUGGUGUUCGGGCAGCGAGAGCUCUCUGUCGGAGUGCCGGUCGAACGGCUGGGGUGUGAGCGACUGCACUCACGCUGAAGACCUGGGAGUCAUCUGCAAUCCGGAUCCACCCAACCAGGGUCACGUCCCCCGGUACCAAGAGCCUCCUUCACCUCAGAUCUCUAACCUGGUCUCGAACGCUCCUCAACGCGGGCACGAGAUCGGCCUCCACCGCGGCGGCCGCGGCCCGUCCUCACCGCAGCUCACCGGCCAUCGCAUCCAGCUGCGCAGGAACGGGUUCGAGAGCGCCGUCACCCCGCGGGGACACCAGAUCCCGGACUUCCUGCGCAGCAGAGCCUCCUACAGACGAGCGCAGGACGUGACGCCCGCUCAGACCGCACGAAACCCUGAGAGACCAGCGCCAGCGCCGGAGCCGGUCUACAGUCCCGAGCCGGUGGAGCACAGUAACAGGAUGGAUCUGGACUUCACCGACAUGGAUGAGCAGUCGUCUGGGUCGCUCCGGCUGGACGAGGUGCGUCUCCGAGCCGUUCUGAGCGCCGCUCGGAGCGCUGCCAUGGUGACGGAGGGUGUGCUGGAGGUGAGGCAUGCUGGGAAAUGGAGGCAGGUGUGUAGUGUGGGCUGGGAUCUCGGCAGCAGUCGUGUGGUGUGUGGCAUGCUGGGAUUCCCGUCAGCGGAGCAGCUCGACACACGCGUGUACCGGAAACUGUGGGACUCAAAGUUGGAGGAUCCAGCCACAAGGUCUGCGGUCAGUAAGAAGGCGUUCUGGGUCGAGCGGGUUCAGUGUUUGGGUACAGAGGUGUCUCUGGCGCAGUGUCGGGCGCAGCUCUCUGUCCCGCGGCACGACGUCCCCUGCGCCGGAGCGAUGCACGCGGUGGUGCGCUGCGUUCCCGGCGCUCAGUUCUCCAGAAGCUCCGCCUCCAGACACCUGCAGGCUCCGCCCCCUCUGAACGCGGAGGUGCGUCUGAAGGCCGGAGCGCGGCUGGGCGAGGGCCGGGUGGAGGUGCUCCGCGAGGGUAAGUGGGGGACCGUGUGUGACCAUCUGUGGGAUCUAACAGCGGCCAGCGUGGUGUGCAGAGAGCUGGGCUUCGGCUCGGCCAGAGAGGCCCCGCGAGGAGCGCUCAUGGGUCAAGGUAAUGACUCCUCACCAUGUCAUGGCUCCGUCUCCACGGUGACAGGCCUGAGCAAACGCUACAGCUGCUAUAACAUGGGUGAUCAGGGCAUCAGUGUGGGCUGCUGGGAUACGUACCGCCACGACAUCGACUGCCAGUGGGUGGACAUCACCGACGUGCGGCCUGGAGACUACAUCUUCCAGGUGGAGGUCAAUCCGUCGCUGGAUAUGGCUGAGUCAGACUUCCAGAAUAACGUGAUGCGCUGCCGCUGCCGCUACGACGGAGCACGCGUGUUUCUGUACGGCUGCCACGCCGGUGACGCUUACAGCGCGGAGGCAGAGGACCUGUUUGAACACCAGCGUCAGAUCUCAAACAACUUCCUGUGAAGCGCUGCAGGACUGACGC